AAGCAAAUUUGGAAUUUUUCUCGCCAGCAAGCACUUUCUGGAAUUUGAGAAGGUUUUGUACUUUUUGACUAUUUCCCCCUUUCGGCCAGUAGUUGAGAAGGUUCAAGGCUUCGAAACUCUGAGGGCACUGUUGGCGGCGUCUAUAUAAAAUGAACAAGAAACGUGCCGCGCCUAUCCGACAUUCUAGCUCGGCGCAGCGCGCAGGCUGGUAGUACGGAUAAGCACGUCUUGCGUUCCGAUGAUGAGGAGCGUUAACAGAGACGCCGAAGAAAAGAAUGACAGCCUCAGGCAGCCUCUGUUGCCAGAGUCUUCGCCCGAGGAUGGGUCCCCCGUUCAGCAAAAUCAACUUGCAACCAAGGUUUGGAUCGAGUCCAAGAAGCUAUGGCUGAUCGUGGGUCCCUCCAUCUUCAGCCGCGUGGCGUCGUUCACCAUGAACGUCGUCACCCAAGCCUUCGCCGGUCACCUCGGUGAUGUUCAGCUCGCUUCCAUUUCUAUUGCCAACACUGUCAUCGUCGGCUUCAACUUCGGCCUCCUCCUGGGGAUGGCAAGCGCAUUGGAGACACUGUGCGGGCAGGCGUUCGGGGCAAAGAGAUACCACAUGUUGGGGAUAUAUAUGCAGAGGUCUUGGAUAGUUCUGUUUAUGUGCUGCUUCUUGCUGUUGCCGCUGUACGUGUUUGCGUCUCCCAUCCUGAAAUUGUUGGGACAGCCAGAUGACGUGGCGGCGGAGUCCGGGGUGGUGGCUCUGUGGCUAAUACCCCUGCACUUCAGUUUUGCCUUCCAGUUCCCGCUCCAGAGGUUCCUACAGUGCCAGCUCAAGACCUAUGUCAUCGCUUGGGUUUCAUUGGCGGGUCUGGUGGUCAACGUGCUCGUCAGCUGGCUGCUGGUAUACGUCUGGGAUGUUGGAGUGGUGGGUGCGGCCAUUUCUCUGGACAUCUCGUGGUGGGUACUGGUGUUCGGCAUGUAUGCGUAUGUGGCUUGCGGUGGAUGCCCUUUGACUUGGACGGGACUCUCGAUGGAAGCCUUCUCAGGGCUCUUGGAAUUUCUCAAGCUCUCUGCUGCUUCCGGGGUCAUGCUAUGUUUAGAGAACUGGUACUAUAGGAUACUGAUACUCAUGACGGGGCAUUUGAAGAAUGCCACAGUCGCGGUGGAUGCGCUGUCAAUAUGUAUGACUAUAAACGGGUGGGAAAUGAUGAUUCCUCUGGCAUUCUUCGCCGGCACCGGGGUGAGGGUGGCGAACGAGCUCGGAGCUGGGAACGGGAAAGCAGCAAAAUUUGCGACUCAAGUAUCAGUCGCAGAGUCAACGGUGAUCGGGCUGUUCUUUUGCGCAGUAGUGAUGGGAUUUCGCGAACAGCUGGCGUACAUAUUCACGUCCAGUUCAGAUGUACUCGAAGCCGUCAAUGGCAUGGCCUUCCUCUUAGCCGUCACCAUACUCCUCAACAGUGUUCAGCCAGUAUUGUCAGGAGUGGCAGUGGGCUCGGGAUGGCAAGCAUCAGUAGCAUAUAUUAAUUUAGGAUGCUACUACAUUAUUGGGCUCCCUCUCGGAUUUCUCAUGGGAUGGGUUUUCAAGCUUGGCGUCGAGGGCAUUUGGGGGGGAAUGAUAUUCGGUGGCACGGGAAUUCAGACGCUCGUGCUGCUCUUCAUAACAGCAAGACGUGAUUGGGACAAUGAGGCCAAGAUAGCCCGCUCCCGAGUGAACAAGUGGUCCACUCCUAAUCCUAAUAACACCGGCGAUUCAACAGAGUCCUCCCAUUCACCACGACCGUAAAAGGAACCCUGGGACUCCCCCCACUCAGCAUGGCUUCACUUCCUGCUCCUCACCUUCCAGGCGGCUCUGCAAUUGUUGUCAAACCUAAACGUUCUCCACUCUUAUUCUAGCUCUUCAUAAUUCUUCCACAUACAAGUAUUCCAGAAGGAACAAGAUUACACGAUACUGCAAAUUGUUUUCUUCUUUCUUUUUAUUCUCAUCAAGAUUCAUCUCCCAUCCCUGGCUAUUUAUCUUUCUAGCUACAACCAGAGGCUGUCCUUUUCUUUUGCUGUCCUGAAGCCUGCAACAGGAUAAGCCAUCAUCAACUCAAUUUUCUUUUGGGCCGAUCCUCGUCAACUCGGUUGAAAACUAAAAAAUGCACAUGUUCACGGAA